CACACACACGCACACACCGCAGCUACAGCUACGUCACACAUCGGGAAUGCAGUGAGGAGCUGCUGCUGCUGCUGCUGCUGCUAAAGGCCUCAGGAUCCGUCACAAAAUGAGACUGAAAGGAAGAGGAGAGUCACUGUAAAGGUACUGUAAAAGAAGCCUGACAUGUCCGGUCCCACCUGGCUUCCGCCGAGGACUCUGGAUAGCCCAGAGCGAGCCGUCCCCCAGAUGUCCCACUCUGCUGGGUCAGCGAUCUACCGAGCCCCAAACAAGAAGGGGAUGUCUGACUUCCGGCCAAAAUAUGGCCCCUAUGACCAGAACGGAGGAGGUGGAGGAGGAGGGAUGGCCAACAGGUACAUGGCUACUGGACCCACAGGCGGGCCCAUUCACCAUUCUUCUAGCGAUCACUAUUACCCCCCUCCUCAUGGUCCCAAAGAGGACCGCAACUGGAGCUCUCACAUGGACAGCUACGAGCUGAUGCACCGUGGUCCUGAGAAGCCAGCCAGUUAUCACUCCAAAAUCGAUGCCGAUAUUGAUUCCCUCACCAGUAUGCUCGCUGAUCUGGACAGCCACCCACAGGACUCCAGCACACAACUGUACGACAACGUGCCUUACAACAAAUACCUCCCAGGGGAUCAUUACAAGCCUGCACACCAGAGCACAGCCUCUCCUCAGGGUCGGCCAUCCAUGGGCUACCCCCCUCAUCCCCAGAGUCAAUACCACCCAGCUCCACCCUACCCCAGUGAGCACCCAUCACCUCAGUACUCCACAUCCCACCAGCAGGACUACUACUCCUCCUCUUCCAUCCCCAAGCCCUACCCUCAGCCUGUCCCAGCCUCUUAUACCACAGCCUCGACUCCCACUGGGCCCAGGUUCAGCGUCCAGGUCAAGACGGCACAGCCUGUCACCUAUUCGCAGACAGGGAGACAGGCUGAACAGGCGUACACACCUCCCCCUCCUCGCCAGCACGUGUCACGCCCCCCUCCUCAGACUCAGACAAGUUCGCAGGGCUGGUACCCUCCACAUCAAGCUCAGGAGAUGCACUCUGAGGCGGGUUACAAGGGGAGCGGCUCAGGAUCUGGUGGAAGAGUUAACCAGGUUCCGGUAUCUAAGAGAGGGAUCGAAAGUAAUCAGACAGGGUCAGGUGCUGCACAAAGUCCUGCUUAUCAGCCCAGCAAGCAGGCGAUAGUAACAACCAGACCCGAGGAAGAAUUGGAACGACUCACCAAGAAGUUGGUCUAUGAUAUGAACCACCCUCCUUCAGAGGACUAUUUUGGUCGAUGUGCGCGGUGCGGUGACAACGUGGUCGGUGAUGGCAGCGGCUGCAUCGCCAUGGAGCAGGUGUUCCAUGUGGAGUGUUUCACCUGCAUCACUUGCCACGCCCGCCUCCGAGGGCAACCAUUCUAUGCCCUCGACAAGAAGAGUUACUGUGAGAGCUGUUACAUUAGUACUUUAGAGCGCUGUUCAAAGUGCUCCAAGCCCAUCCUGGACCGUAUCCUGCGGGCCAUGGGGAAGGCCUACCACCCUCGUUGUUUCACGUGUGUGGUUUGCAACUGCUGCUUGGACGGCGUACCCUUCACCGUGGAUGCAACGUCUCAGAUACACUGCAUCGAUGACUUUCACAGGAAGUAUGCACCUCGCUGCUCGGUUUGCGGUGAGCCCAUCAUGCCCGAGCAGGGCCAGGAGGAGACAGUAAGGAUAGUAGCUCUGGACCGCAGCUUCCAUGUCAACUGUUAUGUCUGUGAGGAAUGUGGCCUCCUGCUGUCUUCUGAAGGCGAGGGUCGAGGCUGUUACCCGCUGGACGGCCACAUCUUAUGUAAGAGCUGCAGCGCUCGCCGCAUCCAGGACCUCUCAGCCAAAAUCUCCACUGACUGCUAAGAAGCCUGUUGGUAACCGCAGCAUCUCACUCUCGCAAAUCCGUGACAGUUGACAAAUUAUUGAUAGCACAGGGAGGAAGUGCUCUCUCUUUGUUAAAGGCCGUGAUACACUUCUUUUUUUCUUUCUCUUUUUUCUUGGUUGCUAGGAGUUUGAUAUGAGUGUUGCUAUAGCUCCCUCUGUUGGUAUCCAGCUGCAAUUUCAUUUGCAGAGGAAGAUUUUCUGUUACUGACCAGAAUUACAGAUGGAGUUUUGAAGGAGCGACCACCUCGCUAUUUUCCUUUCAUUCAAAAUUCUGACAAAAUUUUCUGUUUUUUGUUGGGUUUUUUUUUUGGUACACAACUUUCCCAUUUUUCAUGUUUAGCUCAGUAUUCAGCAGUGGCCUGACCUGCAGGCAGCUUGGGCGCCACUCACCACUUAUUCACCCCGGUAUCGCUGAACUGUUAGCUUGCACAUUAUUAUCACUGUCAAACACCAUGAAGGUAAGGAAGGAGAUCAAAGAUUUACACCUGAAAAUGAGUUUUCUUUUGCAGCGAAGCAGCAUAGAUGAUUAUUAGGAUGAUGGCCUGUCUCAAUCCGUUUGUACAAAACACUAAAUGUCAAGGUGCAGAACUGCCUCAAAACAAGCACAUUAAAAGCACAUAUUGCAACAACUGUGACUGUACAUAGCAGGCUGGUUUGGUUUGACAAUGAAACUGUUGCCAACUGUUUUGGAAAGCACGUAGCCUUUAGUGGAGUGAAUCUUUGCAGAGAAGUAGCCUCGUAGCACGAGAAAUGUAGACGAAAGGAAUGUGUAGUUAACCUUACAACCGCAGGCGUUUCUUUCUUAAGCUUUUUAUUAUCUGCUAGUACAAAGUUUGCUUGAACAAAUCUCUCAUACAUCUCAAAAGUCAAAUAUUACAUCAUCACGUUGUUUAGUUAUUAAAUCGUAACAGGAUUUUUGUCUUUUUUUUAUCAUUCAGAAUAACAUUUAUGAAUGUCUACGAAACACAAUCUUGCUUUUGCUUUUUUUGUUUAUCUGUUGUUGGUUGAUACUUGACUGUUACAUUGAAGUUGAUGGUGCAAUGAAGUCAAAUGCUUUCCUCUGUCUAAGGAAAACAGGGUGUCGGUCACUUGCGUGGCUUAAAAACAUCCCAUCAUGUGAAGCUUGAGCCUCGUGUGAAGAGUUUGUACAUGUGCCAUUUGGGUAAACUAAAAUUGUAUUCAUUUUACAAGGAUGUGGGAUGAAUUAACUGACAAAUACAUUAGACAAAAUACAAGUGGAGUUUGGUGUGAUUUGCAAUACAACUCUUCACUUGUGGAUUUCAUUUUUGUUCAUCUUUGCACUUGUGUACCCAGUUGUCAUUGUCUGAGACUUUGGAGCUACAGUAUUUGUUAAUGAUUGUGUUUAACCUCUCGUCUUUCCGUCCUGAUUUAUGUACAUGUGUAACUUUAAGGGCUAGACAUUUGAAAGCCUUACCUCAAAGAAGAUGUCAUUCUUUUUUUUUCUCAUCUGUGAACUUGAUCAUGCUGAAACGGUUCAGAUUUCAUCUCUCGUUAAUUUAUCUCAUGAUGUAUAUACUGUAUUAGCGUUAGUCUCCUUUUUAUCACCAAGGUCAUCAUUUUCAGUCAUGCUCAGAUGUGUCAUUUUUAAAAUUCUGACCCGUCGCCACCUCUUGUGUCAUACUCCUCGAAUCACGUCAUUUUGUUUGCAUUGCUCAGUCAUUCAUUUACUGUCUUCACUGUGUUCAGUUUGAAAUGCUGUGAAUUGGAGCUUGUAGAUCAAAGGCUGCGGUACUGCGGCAGACUUCUGUCAGCUGCCAUUUUGAAAGCAUGUGAACAUGUGAGUGGAUUUUCUCCUAAUACAGGUUGUAGUAACAUAAACGAUUAUUAAAAUGCCAUUGGGUCCAU